AUGUCUUCUUCCAGCCAAUUUAACCCAAAAAAUUUGUUAUUAAAAUCGACAGCUUCAAUAAUUCAAAAUAUUGGAUUUUCCACUACAAAGACAACUCCUUUAAAUAUUUUGAAUAAUUUGUUGAUUAUUUAUUUUGAACGAUUAUGUAAUAAAUGGAAAUUGUUUAUGGAAGAAUCAAAUGAGGAAACCGACAAAUUAGAACUUGCAUUAUUAGCCUUCCACCAAAAUUCUUACUUUGGAUGGAACGAAUUUAAAGAGUUUUUGGAAUCUACAGUAUCCUCUGUUAGUGAUGUAGAGCCGUUGCCCUAUUUUCCUGUAAAACUUCCAGAGGAGAAUUGUGACGGUAGCAAAAUUAUUUUAAAUGAAACAACACUUAUUGGUACAACUGUGGCACAGACAAACAAUGAUUUAUUCCCCUCAUAUUUUGGUUUGACUGCUAAAGACUUGCAAAUGGAGAAUUUGCUAGCUGACAGUCGUUAUGUUAAUAGGAAAAGUAUGCGUGAAUCUUUGGAUAGUUUGGCUUCUCCCGUUGUGAGUGUUUCUUUUAGAAAUAAAAUUAUUUGGGGGUAUUUGAGUCUAGACAGAUUGGCUUAG